AUGGCGAACUCGUUUACUCUUGUUAACCCUGUGCAGCACAAACAGGUCAACGAAGUGGUUGAAAUGAUCAGCGAACUGUGUGAUCCCACUGAACCACCUCUAACCAAUGAUCCGUCGAUUGUUUCCAGGGGCCAGUCGGAUUUAUCCCAACCGAAAGCAAUAUCUUCUGCUGCCCCUGUGGUCACUGAAGCCACUGCCAAACCGCCCGUCCUUUCUAGAAUAGAGGAGCGUGAUAUCCGCCUGAAGAUAGCAAAACUGGAUGUCCGCAUGAAUGAACUCAAUGAGAGUCUCCAUAACUGUGUGUUACGAAAAGAUUUUGAGACUGCUACUGGCCUCCGGGACCAAUGCGCUCACUUGGAAGCUGAGCGAUCGGCACUGAUGCACCAAUUGCACGGUGGGCCACAAAAAAACGAUUGCGUGGCACACUCGCCCAUGGCUUUUGAGAUACAAGCAAACGCAAAUCAGUGCUCCGAACCAAAUAGCAAUCCGAAUACGUCGCGGUUGCGUGCUGACCGGGAUGAGUUGGACGACGAUGUACAAACCGCCGAGGAUUGCCCUGCUAAUCAAAUCAACAGGUGCACUGGCAGCGUGUUGGUUAAAGCAAAUUACCUCGCUGCUCUGGUUAUCCAACAGUCCGGCACUUUCUUGAUCGAACAAUUAGUGAGUAAGGUUGUAUCCGAAGAGUUUGACGAGCACACGAUGGAGUUGGAAUGUGUUGUUGCCCAAGUCAUACAAUUGGCCUCGGUGCUUGAUCUGAGCGAUGAGUUUGGUCGCCGUCGUUUGGUGUCGCUCGUUCGAGAAUGCAUUACGAGUCCAACUGUGCCAAACACAUUAUCGCCACCGUUACUAAAGUUGUACGGGUUGCUAGAAACCAAUUUGGCGAUGCGGGUUGAUCAUGUCAUGAUCAGUGAAACCGCUCUACGCUGCAUUAUCGAUUGUUUGCUCAUUUUCGGUUUCCGACCCUUUCAUGAAUCAAAAAUUCGACCGAACACAGCUGUCGCACCAACCGAUGAGGCCGCGGUCACGGAAUCUGAGGAUGAUUUCGACUAUAAUGCAUCGGAUUUUGUGGCUCUUGUGAAACAGGAUGAUGCUAAUAACACCUCCGAAUUUUGCCGGUGUGAGGAAAUGUCUAAAACAGUGACGCAGUUAAUCGCCCCAAUUGUGGCCUUGUUAGACAGUGAAGAUGAAGACUUGCAGACUUGCAGUGCACUCGGCCUCGCCAAGUUACUCAUCUACGAUCGGCUUAUGUCCAGCCGAAUCCUCAGCGAUCUUCUUUUACUUUGGUUCAAUCCGAUAACUGAAGAUCGACAAGCGAUUCGACGUGGCUUGGCCUGUUUCUUUACUGAUUACGCCUGUGGGAAUCCAGCCACGAGGACAUCUGCUACCAGUGCGCAAAUGGGCAAUUACGCUCAUCAAGCUUCCCUGGCUAAUUCGGUACUGCCCACUUUAAAUGCAUUGAUCCGGGCGCCAGCCUCCUCUCCAUUGUCGGAAGUCGAACCUGCAGAUGUGGCCAGUCUUCUAGCUCGAUUGACGGACACUUCUCACUGGCAACAACAAGAACAACAACCGAAGGGCGGACUGAUUGUCAACCCACCGGACCUAGAUCAGGAAGAUGUCCAAGGCGCUGGAGAGACUGGUGUUGAUGGCCAUUCAGGAUCGCGUAAACUUGGAGCAGAUAAUCCUCAUCAUGAUCGUUUAGCUACACAAUUGGCUGCUGAAGUCCUCAAAGCUCCUCAGUCCGCUGAAGCCAAGUUGUACUUACGCAUGUUAUGUCAACUGCAUCCGUCUCGAAACAAUCUGGCCGUGCACAAGGAAUUGCUUCUUUUGAGCGACUCAAUGACCAAAUAUGCGGACCGAUCUACCACACUUUUGUUACAUCGGUUCCGCAAAUUGAUCAACGAAAAUCUGAAGGCUCUCAACCUCAAUCCCGACCAAGUGCUGGCCGACUUGAAGCGCAGAGUGGACUCGGUCGAGUGCACACCAAACUCAGAAGGUUCCGAGACGUCCCAUAAUGUGGAGCUCGACACGACUGCACUGUUCAGUGCCCGACGACUGUGCGAUCCCAGUCAUCCCACUCUGAUCGGGUCGGCCAGGCCAAACGUUCAUCUGGUCAGUCCAAUGAAUGCACGGGGUGCGGGAAAUCGUACAGUGUCUGUUUUGGAUAAAUCCGGUCGGCACAUGACUCUGUUGAACUUCUCUGAUGAUGAAUCAGAAGAAGACUCAAAGUUGAUCUUCGAAAACUCGAUACCCGGAAGUUCAGUUUCAAACAUCACUGCCAAUCCUGGACCAUCGUUGGUUUCCGAAAACGACAAAUCGUCAGUUAAGCCGAAGCCCGCUCGGUUGCCCAAAGCACGCACUGGACUCGAACUGCGGUCAGUCGGGUCGGGACUUCGACCCUUACCCAUGAGCUACACGUUCCACGGUUAUCGCCUGGUUCCAAUGGCUUAA